AUGCAGGGACGGAGCGAACCAUAUUUCUUCUUCACAAAGAAGAAGCCCGCUCCGGCAGGAGAGGAAGACGGUCGGACGAGUCCUGCCUUCAUGGACCCCUUUUCUGGAGCUGACAGGGAGUACAGGCGGCCCUUGGGAAUCGUGGAUCCUGGUUACUCCCCCCUGCACCUGGCGGCCGGGUGGGGUCACCUGGAGACGGUGAGGACUCUGCUGGAGUUUGGAGCUGAUACCCAGGUGGAAACCUUCAGGGGGGAGGGGCCCCUGGACCUGGCCUGGAGAUACUCCUGGACCGACUGUGCUGACUGUCUAAGCCUGGCCGCUCCACUAAAGCUAAACAGGGAGUCGUAUGUAGCCUUUGUGAAAGACCUGACCUCUCACCCCCAGAGAGGUCUCACAAAGGAGGAAAAGGCGUGCUCUGCCAAGUCAGACUGGAUUCAGAGUGUGGAACAUGCAACAGAGUCAGACUUUAUUGCCCAAAGGAGAGAGCUACAGGACGCUGUGCUGUGCACCACAGGGGGAGCAUCCACAAAGCAGGAACCGUCUCAUAGUAGAGUUGGGGCUUUCAGAUGUAAUUAUGUUGUCCAUAAAUUCAGAGGAUUCAGAGGAUAUCUGUGAAUGCUGUCCUUGGAUGU